GGGUUGGGGGCAAUUUAAAGCUGCAUGUGGCAACCUCCCCCUUCCCUCCCUGUGGCCGCCUCCCUCCCUCUCUGUCUGUCUGUCUAACCCGGUUUGACUGAAGACACCGCCCGCUGUGAGUGAGGGACUGUGCCUCGUGAAGAGGGCGGGCCACUGCGUCCCUCGGCUCCCUCCCCGGGCUGGACUGUCGCCGCCGCCGCCGCCCGGACAUGUGCACCCCGGCCCCUGAGUGCGAGCUGUGCGGGGAGCUGUGUCCCCGGAGCGGCGAGCGGCGCCGCUUCGCUGUCCGCACCGCCUGCACCGUCCCCGGCGUGCUGAGCGGAGUCCGCCUGCUGCAGCAGCAACUCCAGGUCGCCCUCAGCGAGCUCGUCCUGCAGGAGAAGGGACAGCAGCAAGGGCAGAGCUGCCCGGAGAGCCCGGCCUCCAGCACUGCCGAUGAAGAUGAAGAUGACAGUGAAGACGAAUCGGCUGAUAAAGGAGAUGGAGAUGCACCUCCUUCCAAAAGGACAAGGAAACAAUGUUGACUUUAUCCACUGAAGCUGUCUGACUGCUCCAGUUUGUUUGAAGUGCUGCAGUGAUGACUUCCUUUAAAAAAUCACCAGUUUAAAUUGAGGCUCCUCUUCAUGGCUACUCCACUUUUUCUACAACUUAAAGAUAUUUUUAAAAAAGACAAGUUUGUUUCUUAUGUAAACCAUAAAAAGUGACCUUUUUUUUCAGAGAAAAUGAAGUCUGGGUGAUGAGGACAGAUCUCAAUCGUGGAGUUCUUGUCUAAAGUAGAUAUGUGAAUGAGAAUAUCUGAAUAUUUUAAAGAUUUUUCAAUAAUUUUAAGACAAUGUAGCAAUACUAUGAUUCUAUAAGUAAUUAAGCCUGCAAUUUACCCAUGUUCCCACAGGGAAGCACUGUGGGCUAAGGUGAGGCCUAGAUGAUUGCUGUUAAUUUUUGACUGUCGAAAAGGCAGUGAGAGUUUGUAAUUAGAUUUCUUCAUUAAAUGACCUAAAAUCAUGGCACAAUA